AUGAGCAGUCGCAGCAUCGAGGACAUCGUCGAGAUCGAGGACUACCGCGCCCCCGCGGUCGACUCCACCAUCACCGACAUGGACAAGGAGGCCAUCCGCGCAGAGUUGCAUUGCCUGGAUGCACAGAAGGCGGCCCUCGAGGCGAAGCUGACGGAGGCGCUUCAGUAUCUCGCAUCGACCCCUGUUGGGCUCCGCGGCCGCUUGCUUGACGAUGAGGGGUUCCCACGAAACGACUGCGACCUGUACGCGGUUCGCACGGCCCGGAACACGGCCGACUCCACACGCAACGACCUGCGCGCGCUGAACGAGAAAAUCUACAGCCUUCUCAACGAGCUGCACCGCCAGACGCACGAGGAGGCGCAGCUGCAGAUGGUACAGGACGCCGCCGCCCGCCGGCAACGACAGGCGGCGGCGGAGAAGCGAGCGCAGCGCAUGGCAGAGGUGCAGCGUGUCUCGCAGCUGAAGCCGUGUCUGGUGGUGGCGAAAGUGGACGCCAAUAGCCCGGCGGAAGAGGCCGGCCUCUCUGUCGGCAUGCAGAUCCUGCAAUACGGCGCGGUGACGCAGACGGAGCUGAUUGCGGAGGGCCUGCAGGCGCUGGCGAGGGAAACAUUCACCCACGAAGGGGCGCCGAUUGUGGUGUGGGCGCGGAAGCCAGGCGAGCUGCAAGAUGAUCCGUCCGAGCUUGUACUGGUGCCGCAGCGCUGGCAGGGGCCCGGGCUGCUCGGCUGCGCCUUGGACAGAGUCGGGGACGAAACUGUGUGA